CCCGACUCAACAAAGCUUUAAAACCCUAACGCCUCAGCUUUAACUUCAUCAAGCUUCAUUAUAAAGCACAAUAUAAAUAAAAAUAUCAAAUAAUCUCACAAUAAAUGCUGAUAAAAUGCUCUCCAACCUGCUGGUGACCAAACAAAAGGUGGUCCUCGUAAUAGAUGAGCUAAAUCGGGAGCGCAUUGCCCUCAAGUUCAUCGAAAGUUUGCUGCAUGAACAGGGACAGGGUGCGGAAACCAUCAAAUCCCUGCCCACUGGCGUCACCUUGAAGCACGAGGCCACCUUUGAAGCGCUGAUCAACGAGUGCGGCAACCACAACAAUAACAACCCUCCGGCGGGAGAAACCGGCGACCAGGAUGCAGAUAGUGCAGGAUCAAAGCCCUCCGGAUUUAACAUCAUCCUGCCCACUUUGGCCGACCUAUUGUGCUACCAAUCGCCCGCCUUUAUAUUUGGCCUAAUAAACCGACUGCGUCGCUCAGAGCACGUGCGUCGGGUGUUUAUUUGGGCAUCCCCACAGCACUUGCAGCAUCCCCAUUCCGCCUAUAUCUUGGCUGGGUGUGAGUACCUUGCCGAGUUGGUCCUUCGCCUGGAAUCGGACAAACUACUUUCACUGAUAGCCCGCAAGCCGGGUGGCGGAGUGUCCAACAGGCGCUUCUCUUGCCAGGUCAGCAAAACCCAGUUUCAAGUGACGCCACUGGACGGAGGACUUCCUGAAGGUGUAUCACCCAAACAAUCUAUACCAGAGGAAGAGCAAACGCCAGAACCAGCCAGCAGCACCUUCAAAAUAGAGCUAGACGAGGACGAAGUGGUGGCCCGUAAUGCACUGACCCUGCCAUAUGAACGCACCAGCGAGCCCUCUGAGGGCAACAUUAUCUACACACCCGAUGCCGACGAUGACUUCGACGAGGAGGAUCCAGACGAGGAUCUUUGCAUCUAAGCUGCCCGCCAGCAGCGAACGGCAGUACAAAUAGCCUUGGCUUUAAGUCUACUUAAGUCUAACCUACUGAAUACGUCAAAUACCUGGAAUUCCGGCCCCAAAGCUCCACCAAGGGGCGUGUGUUCAAGCAGAAUGAAUUAUUGAACGACCGCUUUUAGUACAUGUAGAAUUGCUCAUUUAUUUUGGAUAACUUGAUAUGUGAAUCAAAAAAUCGAAGAAACUUUGUGAAUACAACGGAUUCAAUUGCUA